AUGUGGAGACUCCGUCAGGUUCUUCUGCUACUGCUGUCCUUCUCCUCGGCCCAAACAGAUCCAUUGCGGAGUCAGAUUGUUGGGGGGCACGAAGCCAAGCCCCACUCCAGACCCUACAUGGCUUACUUGAGGAGUCCCGUGAGCUCCUGCGGCGGAUUCCUGGUGGCGCCCCAGUGGGUAAUGACGGCUGCGCACUGCGUUGGCAAUUUUAUUGUCAUCUUGGGGGCACAUAACAUCUCCGCUGAAGAACCCUCUCGGCAAGUGUUCAGCAUUGAGGCUAACUACCCACACCCUGAAUAUGAUGGGUCCACCACCUCAAACGAUAUCCGUCUGCUCAAGCUGAAUUCCAAAGCUACUCUGAAUAAAUACGUCAACACCCUGAGCUUGCCCACAUUCAACUUUGACCUCUCCCAUGGGACCUCCUGCAGCGUGGCAGGAUGGGGCCGGGUUUACAAAGACUGGUCACCAGACACUCUCUACGAGAUCAAUGUCGCCAUCUAUAACCGUUGGUGGUGCAGUCGGUGGUAUACAAAUCUCAAUUAUGGGAAGGUCUGUGCCGGGAGACCCGGCGAGCCUGAGGAUUCUUUCAAGGGAGAUUCAGGUGGCCCCUUGGUGUGCGAUGGCGUGGCAGAAGGAAUCGUCUCGUAUGGCAAGCCCUGCCCUCCUGGUGUUUACACUCGAGUCGCCCAGUACCUUGACUGGAUCAAGGAAACCAUGAAACGGUGAACAGAAGAAGCAACCGCGGUGACAUUGUGCCUUCUUUCCCACCCCUAAUGCUUUUGCUUGCUGAAUAACCUGGUUGGCUUGCAUUCUGCAACAACACACACACACACACACACACACACACAGAGAGAGAGAGAGAGAGAGAGAGAGAGAGAGAGAGAGAGACCCUCAAUGGCUGCGAAAUUAGAUCUAUCAGUUGUUUCAUACAGGAUGGUGUUUGGGCAAGUUCCUUCACUGCCUCCCGUCCCCUUGAAGAAAACCCUUCCACGGACCUCCAUCUCCCUCAAACAGCUCCUCCCUUCUCCCUUACUUCCCCUAAUGCAGGGAUGGAAGACCUGUGGCCCCCAGAUGCUGGAGUCCAGCAACAUCUGGAGAGCCAAAGACGGUCCAAAUGUCUGGAUAGCAUCAUGUUCCUUGAGAUCAGGAGGGAAGGACCUGUGACUCUCUAAAUGUGGCUGGACUCCAACUCCCAUCAUCCUGGCCAGUUUAGCCAAAUGUGAGGGCUGAUGGGAGGUGAAGUUCAUCAACGUCUGGAUGGCCAUUAUGCCAGCCACCUCUGCUUUAGAGGACUCCUCUGGCUCUUCCUUCCAGAGCCCCGCAGACCUGCCAUUGAAACCUGCAUUCUGGGUCAAGGUCAGGUGAAGCCCCUUGAGAUUGAGGGAUGUGGGACAUUGUCCUCUCAGCCAACAGGGAAGGAUUCUAUCUCAUUUCUAAAGGGAUCCUCUCUGUAUUUCAUCAGCUCCCCCAAAGACCAUUCUAACCUCUAGGAUUCCUAGAUGCACAUCCAAAACACUUUGGCACCCACAACACCUCACAAAUAACCUUUUCACAGAAUAAACUCCCCUAGGCUGUGGGUUAGGGACGCGGGUGGCGCUGUGGGUUAAACCACAGAACCUAGGGCUUGCUGA